GGGAGGCCCGCAGAGGCUGAGUCACCUCUUCUGAGUCAGGGAUCCUCCUCCUUCUUCUCCCCUCCCCCUCCCUCUCUCCCUGAGCCCCCACUAGGGCUUGGCCCAGCGAGCCCGCGAGCGAGCGAGCGAGGAGACCGGCUGUCCAGGGCCCGGGUGGAGACGGCCACUUCGGCCCGCAGUGGACCGCGGGUGGCUGGGACAGGAGAAAGGGCGGGGGAGGCAAGGCAGGCUGUCGAGGAGGCGGAGGCAGGGGUUGGGCGCCGCUAGCGAGGAGGCAGGCUCGCGGCCGCCCCUGGGCUGGGCACGGAGGCCGCGGCGGGGGCGGGCCGCGCGGCGGGCGCCAGGCCCGGGGCUGUGGGCACGGUGCCCAGCCCCCGGCGCACGCCGACCGCCGCGGCCGCCGCCGCUGCUGCAGUCGGCAUCCAUCAGCAGGCGGGGGUGUCGCGGAACAGGCUGCUCCGCAGAGCCCGCCCGCGCCGCCCCGCCCCGCGGCCUGCGGGCCCGGAGGAGCCGAGGGGAUCGGCCCUCGCCCAGCCGGCCCGAGAUGGGGACCCCCAGGCCCAGGCGUGCUGGUCACCAUGACAACAGAGACAGGCCCUGAUUCUGAGGUGAAGAAGGCUCAGGAGGAGACUCCACAGCAGCCUGAGGCUGCUGCAGCUGUGACCACCCCGGUGACCCCCACAGGCCACAGCCACCCAGAGGCCAACUCCCAUGAGAAGCUUCUGCCCCAACAGGACACGAGGCCUGCUGAACAGAGCCUAGAUAUGGAGGACAAGGACUACAGUGAGGCCGAUGGCCUGUCGGAGAGGACCACGCCUAGUAAGGCCCAGAAGUCACCCCAGAAGAUUGCCAAGAAGUUCAAGAGUGCCAUCUGCCAUGUCACUCUGCUCGAUGCCUCUGAGUACGAGUGUGAGGUGGAGAAGCACGGCCGGGGCCAGGUGCUGUUUGACCUGGUCUGUGAACACCUCAACCUCCUGGAGAAGGACUACUUCGGUCUGACCUUCUGUGAUGCUGACAGCCAGAAGAAUUGGCUGGACCCCUCCAAGGAAAUCAAGAAGCAGAUCCGGAGCAGCCCCUGGAAUUUUGCCUUCACAGUCAAGUUCUACCCUCCUGACCCGGCCCAGCUGACAGAAGACAUCACAAGGUAUUACCUGUGCCUGCAGCUGAGGGCAGACAUCAUCACAGGCCGCCUGCCCUGCUCCUUUGUCACGCAUGCCCUGCUGGGCUCCUAUGCCGUGCAGGCUGAGCUGGGUGACUACGAUGCAGAGGAACACAUGGGCAACUAUGUCAGUGAGCUCCGCUUCGCCCCAAACCAGACCCGGGAGCUGGAGGAGCGGAUCAUGGAGCUGCACAAGACAUACAGGGGCAUGACCCCGGGAGAGGCAGAGAUCCACUUCCUGGAGAACGCCAAGAAGCUUUCCAUGUAUGGGGUUGAUUUGCACCACGCAAAGGAUUCUGAAGGCAUUGAUAUCAUGCUAGGCGUCUGUGCCAACGGCCUGCUCAUCUACCGGGACCGCCUGAGAAUCAACCGCUUUGCCUGGCCCAAGAUUCUCAAGAUCUCCUACAAGAGGAGUAACUUCUACAUCAAGAUCCGGCCUGGGGAGUAUGAGCAGUUUGAGAGCACCAUCGGCUUCAAGCUCCCCAACCACCGCUCAGCCAAGCGGCUCUGGAAGGUCUGCAUUGAGCACCACACAUUCUUCCGGCUGGUGUCCCCAGAGCCCCCACCCAAGGGCUUUCUGGUGAUGGGCUCCAAGUUCCGGUACAGUGGGAGGACCCAGGCACAGACCCGCCAAGCCAGUGCCCUCAUCGACCGGCCGGCACCCUUCUUUGAACGUUCCUCCAGCAAGCGAUACACCAUGUCCCGCAGCCUUGAUGGAGCGGAGUUCUCCCGCCCCGCCUCAGUCAGUGAGAAUCAUGACGUGGGGCUUGACGGUGACAAGCGGGAAGAUGAUGCUGAGUCAGGGGGACGGCGGUCAGAGGCCGAAGAAGGAGAGGUCAGGACCCCCACCAAGAUCAAGGAGCUGAAGCCGGAGCAGGAAACCACGCCAAGACACAAGCAGGAGUUCCUGGACAAGCCAGAGGAUGUCCUGUUGAAGCACCAGGCCAGCAUCAAUGAGCUCAAGAGGACCCUGAAGGAGCCCAACAGCAAACUGAUCCACCGGGAUCGAGAUUGGGAGCGGGAGCGCAGGCUGCCCUCGUCACCCGCCUCCCCCUCCCCGAAGGGCACCCCUGAGAAGGCCAGUGAGGCCCAGAGGACCCAGGACUCUUCUCAGCAGGACUUGGUACCUGGAACAGCAGCAGGCUUGGAAGUGUUCACUCAGAAAAGCCUCGCAGCAUCUCCUGAGGGCUCAGAGCAUUGGGUAUUUGUAGAAAGAGUAUACACUAGGCCAGAAGAACUUGGCCUCCUAACCGUGGCCACCACACAACGGGAAGGAAGUGAGGCAGGCCUCGCUGAGAUCCUUGCUGAUGGCAGACUCUCCAAGGUAGACAUUCUGGUGGACAAGUUCAAAGUUGAAGUGGCCACAGAAGAAACAGUGGGAGCCGGAAGAGCAAGUACUCACCAGCCAGGGAGGAUGAUUGCAAGUCCAGGAGAGUUUGAGACAAUGAGAGGGGAAGGCCCGUGUGUCAAGGGAGGCACCCGAGAGACUGCUCAAGCUGCAGGCUACACGUCAACAGACAAGCUUCCUGAGGGCUCCAAGCCCAAGGUCAGGAGCUACCGCAUCUCAGAUGGUCAGCCAGAGAGCCCAGUAGAGCUGAGUAAGGGGCUGGAGGGGCUCCAGACUUGGGGAAGACCUACAGCUCCAGGGACCGGGCCAGUGCAAGGAGAAGUUCUUUCUCCUGCAUCAGACAAAGGAGGACUCCAGUCUUUCCUGUUGGAUCCAGCCCAGGCAGAAGCCAGAGCUGACUCCAGCGAUGAAACGGAUACCUCCUUCGCAGAGAGGAGCUUCUACCUAAACUAUGGAGAGAAAGACACUGAAGAAGUUCUUCCUCUACCCUCAGAGGACAGAGAAGAGCGCCUACAUGCCCCUCUUGGAGAUGGGACCUGGCUGGAGCUGGCAGGGGAGCACACGGAGCACUGGGAGCUGAAAUCCUCAGCCCCAAGGGGUUCUGCCCCAGGUUCCAGCUGGAAUAAAGAUGAAGCCCAUAUGGCUUCCUCCGAGGAAGAAGCCUGGUCCUCCAGGGACCGUGGGGGGCCUGGUGACCUACAGGGAGCUGCUCUGGGGCAGAUUUUUGCAGAGGCCUGGGAAGGAGCGCAGCAAAGGCCAGAAGGAGAGCUGACCUACCCAAUGGCCGGGGCAGCUGAAGACGAGGAGACUCCCAUGAGUAUAGACCGGAUGGGAGAGACUGAGAGAAGUUCCCCAGCAAGACAGAAGAAUCACCCCCCUGGUGGAGGAGGAGAGGUGCACCUAGAUGCCCAGGCCUGCGCCCUUCUAAGGACCAUUCCUCCUCAUGUUAGGAAACCAGUCAGGCGAGACCAAAGCAGCUUUCUGCCCAUCGAGAAGAGGGCAGUUUCCGCUCAGGCUGUAGAACCCAUGACCGAGGACAGGGAGGUCAUCAUUCCGCUGCCAGCCUCCUCUGGUCACAUGGAUGUUCUGGCAGUUGUGAGGGGCACUUCUCAAAGCCCAAUCUCUCCUGGGUCAGGGAAGCCUUCAGAGUUUGGGGAUCCUUUUGGAGAUCAGUUCCCCAUAAUUUGCAAACAUAUCCAUCUUUCUGAAGCAAGCCCCGCGCCCAAGGACACGCGAGGUGAACGCAAAGCACCUCCAGUUGCCAGCAAGAAGCCCAGAGUUGUCCCUGAAGGAACUGAGGGGCCUGCAGUCCCGGGGUUUGUGUUCCCUUCAGAAAAGCAAAAGGAGACUUCCCUCCAGGCUGGGGACCAUAGGGGUUCCCAGGAAGAUAUUAGCAAGACCUCAGUGGCUAACAAGAUUCGGAUAUUUGAGACCCAUGGAGUUGAGUCAUGCCAAGCCAGUCAGGGUGAAAUGAGGGCCCUUCCACAUGAGCUGCCUUCGGAGGCUUCCCCAGGAGAAGUAGAACAUCGGCAAAAUAGGCUUCUAGACUCGGGUUUUGUUCAACUCCAGCCCCCUGAGGACUUGGCCAGCCCCAAACUCACACCUUCUUCUGGUACACCUCUGGCUACUCAGCACUAUGGGGGGGAGGGCACCUCUGCUACCUCCCACCAGGAAAGAUGCACAGACCCAGAGCUCCUGUCCCCUGACUCAGGCUGUGAAACCACGCUGGAAGAAGCUACUGGGGUAACUGGCCAUAACAAAUCCGGAGAUGCGGGCAGGGAAGAGAAGAGCUUCUUCAGCCGCUUAGCACCAAACACCCCUGGGAAGGGGGGGCGCCUGAGAUUCGCCAGCCCUCCGGGCCCUCAGAGAGCAGGGCUGAGGGAGGGCUCGGAGGAGAAAGUCAAACCACCACGUCCUCGUGCUCCAGAGAGUGACACAGGAGAUGAGGACCAGGACCAGGAGAGGGAUGCAGUCUUCUUGAAGGACAACCACCUGGCCAUCGAACGCAAGUGCUCCAGCAUAACGGUCAGCUCCACAUCCAGCCUGGAGGCUGAGGUGGACUUCACGGUUAUUGGUGACUACCACGGCAGCGCUUUCGAAGACUUCUCCCGAAGCCUCCCCGAGCUCGACCGGGAUAAGAGCGACUCUGAGACCGAAGGCCUGGUGUUCUCCCGGGAUCUCAAGGGGCCCUCCAGCCAAGAGGACGAGUCUGGGGGAAUCGAGGACAGUCCAGAUCGAGGGGCCUGCUCCACCCCAGAAAUGCCCCAGUUUGAGUCCGUGAAAGCAGAAACCAUGACCGUCAGCAGUCUGGCCAUCAGAAAGAAGAUCGAGCCGGAGGCCAUGCUGCAGAGCCGAGUCUCUGCUGCAGACAGCACCCAGGUUGAUGGGGGUGCCCCCGUGGGGAAAGACUUCAUGGUGACCCCCCCUUGCAUCACCACAGAGACAGUCUCCACCACUAUGGAGAACAGUCUCAAGUCCGGGAAGGGGGCAGCUGCCAUGAUCCCCGGCCCACAGACGGUGGCCACGGAAAUCCGUUCUCUUUCACCGAUCAUCGGGAAAGAUGUCCUCACCAGCACCUACGGCGCCACUGCGGAAACACUCUCAACCUCCACCACCACCCAUGUCACCAAAACUGUGAAAGGAGGGUUUUCUGAGACAAGGAUCGAGAAACGAAUCAUCAUUACUGGAGACGAAGAUGUCGAUCAAGACCAGGCCCUGGCUUUGGCCAUCAAGGAAGCCAAACUACAGCAUCCAGACAUGCUGGUAACCAAAGCUGUUGUCUACAGAGAAACAGACCCAUCCCCGGAGGAGAGGGACAAGAAGCCACAGGAAUCCUGACCUCCGUGAAGAGAUGCUGGCAUGUCUGGUCCAACCCAAGCCAGAGAACCAUUAAGAAGGGGCCUUCAUUCUGGAUUCUCCGACAACACCAACAUCCCAGCUGCGACGUACUGUCACUGAUGAGAGACUGGGAAGGGAAAGCAUAUAUAUAUAGAUAUAUAUAGAUAUAGAUAUAUAUAUAUAGGAAACACCGCGUCCUUGCGCUGCUCUGGGGCUGGCGGAGCUGUCAGCUGAUGGCAACAACCGACACCUGCAGCAACCUUCAUCUUCUUUGCAGACAAAUUGAAUUGGUGGGAAUUUUUUUUUUUCA